UUUUGUUUGUCAGUCUUUUGGUUGUUUGUUUUUGUUUGUUUUUGUUUGUUUUUGUUUUUGUUUGUUUUUGUUUGUUUUUGUUUGUUUUUGUUUUUGUUUGUUUUUGUUUUUGUUUGUUUUUGUUUGUUUUUGUUGUUUUUGUUUGUUUUUGUUUGUUUGUUUGUCUGUGUUUCUGUUUUUUUCUGUUGUUUGUGUUUGUGUUUGUGUAUAUGCAUACUUGUUUAUAUAUUUAUAUGUUUGUCUAUUUUGUUUGUCUAUUUUGUUUGUCUAUUUUGUUUGUCUAUUUUGUUUGUCUAUUUUGUUUGUCUAUUUGUGUCAUUGAGACGACACUCGCCAUUGUCAUUUUUGGAUCUUUAGUGUUGAUAAAGAGGAUGAGAUGGAGUGUCUCAUUAGAGGCUCCAACUUCCUUCUCAAGAACAUUCCCAACGAGUCAUUCAUUUUCCAGCGUGACUCUGUACCACGCUUUUUGUUUCAAGACUUUGGCUCAAACAUAUUUCCGUAUCUGUUGGUCAAUAUAGGGUCUGGAGUGAGCAUUGUGAAGGUUGACUCAGAGAGUGAAUUUAAACGUAUUGGUGGCACAAGCAUGGGAGGAGGAACAUUUUGGGGACUUGGAUCUCUCAUCACGGAAGCAAAAGGAUUUGACGAGUUGCUACAGUUGGCUUCAAUGGGCAAUCACAAGAACGUUGACAUGCUGGUUGGAGAUAUUUAUGGAGGACAUUACGAAAUGCUUGGUUUGCCAUCUGACAUCAUUGCUAGCAGCUUUGGCAAGGCAUCCAGAUCUUCAAAAGAAGACACAGAGACUCGUGGACGGUUUCGUGAUGCUGAUAAAGCGAAGAGUUUACUGCACAUGAUCAGCAAUGACAUUGGACAGAUUGCAUAUCUCAAUGCCAAACUACACAAUCUAAAGCGAAUCUACUUUGGUGGCUACUUUAUUCGAGGACAUCCCGUCACAAUGCAUACAAUCACAUUUGCUAUCAACUACUGGUCAAAGGGUGAGGUACAAGCUCUCUUCUUACGUCAUGAAGGUUAUCUUGGUGCUGUCGGUGCUUUUCUAAACGGUGCCGAGGAGGAGAACAUUCCCAUCAGCUCGUGGUGUGAAAACUUUGCAGGCAGUUCUGGUUUUGUCAACAACUUUAGUCGACCGUUGCCCACUCCAUAUGAUGUGCUUGAGUUGGAUCAUCGUGAUCGGCAUCUGACUAGUUUUCCUUUGUUGAAAGGUGCUGCUUCGUAUGUACCUGAUUUGAUCAAUUUGAGUGUGGAUGGCGUAGCGCGGCAAUACUGGCUGCAUUGCUUUGAGGAAAUGGUGGACAAGAUCGCCGACUGUGCAGCAGCGAGUCAAGACAACAGGCUGCAUGCCACUCAGAGAGCCGAAACAUUCAGGCAGAAACAUCGUGCUCAGUUGGCCAUCCUAUCAACAGAACCAAGUGCCUACGGAACACUUACAGUUCGAAGUCUUCUCAAUGCAAGACAGCAGUGCCUUGUAGAGUGUGGCUUUCCUGAUCCAUAUGCAAUGAUCAAGAAGGUGGAGAAUGAAGCUGCUUUACAGAACUUUGUUGAGAGGCUGAACAUGCUUGACACUUUGUCGUGGGAGGAGAGACAAUUGAACUUGAUUGAAGGCGUGUUGAGUGGCAAUAUGUUUGACUGGGGAGCAAAGGAAGUAACAAAGUUAAUGGAGGUCGGUCAUCUGCCAUUUGAUGCUGCCAAAGCAAAACUUCAGCGACGGCCGUGGCUUGUUGAUGCAUUUGAUGAUUGGCUGGAGAGGCUGCGGGGUCCGCCUCACAGUUGUGCUGUCAUCUUUACAGAUAACAGUGGCAAUGACGUUAUUCUCGGUAUUUUUCCUUUUGUAAGAGAGUUGCUGAAUCGAGGAACAAAGGUCAUUCUGGCUGCCAAUUCGUUGCCAAGUUUGAAUGAUGUUGUGGCAAAUGAACUGAAGAUUUUAUUAGCUGCUGCUGCUGACAUGUGUCCAACUUUUCAGCUGGCUUGCGAGGAAGGAAACCUGAUGGUAAUGGAAACAGAAUCAGAAUCACCAUGUAUAGACCUGAGGGCAGUGGACUUAUUUCUUGCAGAAGAGAGUGUCAGACUCAAUGUCGAUCUUGUCCUGCUGGAAGGGAUGGGAAGAGCUGUACACACCAAUUUCGACGCCAUCUUUACAUGUGAAUGCCUCAAACUGGCCGUACUGAAGAACCAAUGGCUUGCACAGCGACUCGGCGGCCACACAUUUGAUGUCAUCUUCAAGUUUGAGCGGCCAUAGCAAGGAGGGCUCCCACACCACUUAUCACAGACUGCAGUCUGCAUGGUUUCUCUUAUUGAUGAAGCCUUAGCGUUAACAACAAAUCAGACCGUAAAGACUUCGGAUUCUCUGUAUACUGCUAAACAAAUAAUUAAAUGUGUUGUUCUAAUGGCCUGUGCUGCCUGAACCGCAA